UUGUAUGAAAGUGUUGGUAUGAUUGUGCGCUUAUUGUGAAUUAAAUUUUGUCCGAAAACCGAAUCUCUUGUGAAAACUCGCGAAUCAAUCGACAAAUCAAUCGAUUGUUUUCCGAUUUUCGACUCGAAGUCAAAGCAAUUCUGACGAAAAGCCAUUAAAUCAAAAGUAAACAAACAAAUCGUUAAAUCGUUUUCAGCGAAGAAAUGAGUGAUUCUUCGGCCGACGAUUCCUGGGUUUUGGACUCUUUGGUCGGAUUUCUUUGUGGACCCGUUUGGAGCGUCACUAUUGAUGCCUUUGUUGAAGAUAAAAGUGUCGUGUUUGAACCGAACGCCGAAUCGACUGAAGAAUCGGAGACCGAAUUCCGCGCUAUUUUUGUCGCAUUUAAAGCUCUGGUCGAUCGUCUCUUAUCGUCACAUAUGUCUGAUUUGGGAAUAUCCGCCAAACAGUUUGACGACGCCUUACGCCGAGCCGACGGUCUUUUAGCGGCAAAACUGCGACGCGUUUUGUUCGAACAGAUUUGGGCGGCCGAAGACUUUGGGAUUUUCGUCCGAUUUAUGACUCAGAGAAACAUUGAUUUGCAAUUACAAGCUUUGGAUGUUUUGGCCCAAAAGUUCGGAACUAUUUACGACUCUUUUGUUCCCGAAGGAACAACCAAAGAACAACUUCUUGACGAACAAACAGUCAUUCGUGAGGCUAUGAAGCGAUCGCUCGAAGAGGAGGCGGCGGCGGAGGGGGUGGGGGUGGGAGAGGGCGGAGAUAUUGUGUUGAAUGAAGACGUUUUGGGAGAAAGAAAACGUCUGGAAUCGGAAAAACAAAAACAACAACAGAAGUUGGAAGACGCCAUCGAGGAAGCCAUGACCAGACAAGAGGACGACACAGAAGUCUCGAAAAAAGACUCGGAAUUAUCCGUUGUUUUGAAGGAAGAGUUGUCUGAAGAGGAAGAGGUUGUGGACACGAAUUUGUCGAACGAAGAAAUGCGAAAACGCGGAGAAUAUCUUCGCAAACAACGGGAUCAAUUGAUUGAACGCAAAAAACAACAAAGACAUCAACAGAUGGCGCGACUCGAGGCCCAAGAAGUCCGAGAAAAACGACCGAAAAGCGCCCGAGCGAUGCGAUCAGUGGUCGAAUCGGGUGAAGAAGUAACGGACGACCAGUCUCUAGCAUUUCGGCGAUCACUUGCGGCCAGACUUAAGGCGGAAGUUGUCGAGAAAAAGAAAUCCGAAAAAUGAAAAUCAGAUGAAAUUCGUCGGAAAGUCGAUGUUUUGACUGCACUUUAUCUGUGAUUAACACUUGAUUUCAAUCUAGUCUUUGAAUUCUCACUGUUUUGUCAUUUUUGUCACUUUUAAUAAACUUUUUGCGCACUUUUUGUUGAUUUCCGUUUCA